CACUCGGUGGUUUAAAUGCUGCAAAACGAGCCAGCAGUCCUCGCUCUUAUGAACACAAAAUGUCACAGUUGCCUCUGUUAUCUCUGGUUCUGUUUGCAUUUCUGACACUUUCCAGGGAGUUAGAGUAAAACUCUGUUCCUCUCUUAAAGUGACAGAUCCCUGCAAGCUUCAAAUCUCCUCUCUAAGCUCAUUUUUCUAUUUUUGUUUGAGUUGAUUGUAUUAUUGCACAGAAGCAUAAAGAUGGCCCGUUUAGGGCCGGUUUAUAUCGGCAGAUAAAGUGUUUUGGGUUCAGUUACACUUUAAAAAGUGUUUUUAUUUAUAAUUUUACACACAUCCUGGUUUGUUGUAAAUAACUUUCCAGUUUGAGCUUCUUUCAUUUUUACAUACUUUUACAUCAUUUCUCUUUUUAUUUAUCACACACCCUGUUCGCGUUGCUUCAGUCAAACAGAGAAACGUUUUAUCAUUUUCUCCUCAUGUUCUUGUGCGUUUGGUUCUGUGGAUUCGUGUUCUGCUCAUUGUUCCAGGCUGAAGGAUGGAAAUUCCCCCGGUGUUUUAUUUAUUUCAGGUCCUGCUUGUCCGAGUGUGUAAAAAGGAAGUGUGUGUGUGUGUGUGAGUGUGAGAUCGGCUGAAUGGGUGGCAUCCGGCAGCCAAUCGCAUGCUUCCUCAGAGGAAGCAGGAAGUAACGGGUCCGUCCAAUCAGAGGCCUCGACACCUUCAGGAAACCUCAGCUGGAGUGUCAACGCGGUUCAGAUUAACUACAGACGUCCCAACUGACACAUCUGGGUUUUUUUUCAUCCUGCGAUAAUUUACUCACCUUCCACCUGAAGCGACUCGUCCGCUCUGGACCCGGAGUCUCUCCUGCUUCGUUCGUUCGGCCGUCGUUCCUCUGGGCUGUGUUUCAGAAGUAUGGUUGCUCAUCUUCCCGUCAGGCUCCAGUCAUGUCCGCCGCCGUGUCCGCUCCUUCGCUGAGGAAGAAGAAGUCGCUUGCUCGGAGCUCCAAGCCGAGCGCCAGGAUGUGCGUUCGGGAGGAAAGGGAAUUCCUAACCAUGUCGUUUCCAGAGUUGUACUGGCCGGUGCCGAUGCGAGCCAUCGGGGCUCAGAACCUCCUCACGAUGCCGGGAGGAGUUUCCACCGCAGGAUACCUGCACAAGAAGGGAGGCAGUCAGUUCAGCCUCAUGAAAUGGCCUUUGAGGUACAUAAUCAUCCACAAGGGUUGCGUGUACUACUUCAAAAGCAGUACCUCUGCUUCACCACAGGGGGCGUUCUCUCUCAACGGCUACAACAGAGUGAUGAGGGCAGCAGAGGAGACGACGUCCAGCAACGUUUUUCCCUUUAAAGUCGUCCACUUCAGUAAGAAACACAGAACGUGGUACUUUUCUGCAGCGAGCGAAGACGAGCGACGGAAAUGGAUGCGAUCUCUGCGAAGGGAAAUAGAUCACUAUAACGACAGAAAAGAGGCCCAAAUUUCAAGUGACUUGGACUCAGACGCAGACUUUUAUGGCACCAUAGAGAGACCCAUGGAAAUCAAACACGCUGUUGACACAGGAGAUGAUGAUUACGUUGACGAGGACGAUGAUGAAGAAGAUGAAGAAGACUAUCUGAAGCCAGACGGUGACGGCUCACCAACAUCUUCAGGUCGACCCAACGGGCCGCCUCCUUCCUACCCUCCUCCUCCGGUUCCAGCCACUUCGCUCCGUCGAGAUUCCAGUCCAAAUGUCCAGAAAGCCACGCUUCUUCCUAUUUCUGGACAACACAGAAACCCAACGAGCCCACUCCCCAAAAAGCCCUCCAUUCCUCACCAGCCUCUCCAGAAAGAGCAAAGCAAAGGUCCGCCCCCUCCUCUGCCCUUUGCCCCUCACCUGAAGUCGCCGUCUCCGACGCCUCCUCCUGCUCUUCCUCCCAGCUCCUUGAAAACAGUUCAGAACAGGACGGUGUCUUUGGGGAAUACUGCCAACGAUCGGAGAGACCUGAGGUCCCACUCUACCGUCCAGGUCCACUCGCCGGCCACUCUGCCCAUCUGUGACCAGCUGCACAACAGGAUGGUCCUGAACGGCCCGGUCAACAGCUCCCCAAACACAGGCAGUACCCAGUCUCUGGGAAACCACUGCCUUCGGACCAAGCCGUCCGUACCGCUGCCCCCCACCGAGGUCAACCUGCUGUCCACCAGUGCCCCGUCGCUGCCUGCCAAACCGCCAUCGUCUCCGCUUCUCAAGUCUGGACUUCACAACAAGCCGACGAUACCAAAACCGCCAACGAUACCGAAACCCCCACCGACGGCCAAACCGCCGCAGACUCUGGAGAAGCCAAAGUCUCCGUUUCAAAGAGCAUCUCCAGACGGGCAGAGUUUCCGUUCGCUGGGAGAGGAGAUCCCCGCUGAUUUCAGGAAGAAACCAAAGUCAUCCAAACACAGACACGAUUCCGAUGACGACUAUGAAAAUGUGCAGCUGCCAGACUCAGUUUUCAUCGACUCCACUGAAACCACCUUUGUAGAAAUGCUUUUUAAAGAGUGCUGUGCUAAUCCGCCGGACGGACUCUACGGCAUCAGAAACUCAGGAACCAAAACUGCAAAGGUUCUGGUGGUUUGGGACGUCGCUAUAAACAAGGCCAGAAACUACAGGCUGUUUGAAGAGGAUGACAGCAUAUUUCUGGAGAGCGACCUGACCUUCCCCAACCUGGCAGCGCUGGUUGAACACUACUACAGCCAUCCUCUCCCUCACCACGGCUCGCUGUGCCUGCAGAAGCCUUAUGCCAAAGUCCUGAGCUGCUGAAACCAAACAUGCAGCUGGAAACGCGUCUUCAAACGGAUUCAAACUGAACUGAACUGAAAGUCACCCAGAGGAGGAUGGAGAACCAGCUGGAAAUCAGAACAGGUUGAUGGUUGUGACACAUUCUGUCCACCAGGAGGCGACAAAUGACAACAUAAAGCAACAGAUUCUGGAAAUAUAGCCUACACACAUAAACAUAUCACUCAAUAUAGCUAUAAAUAUUUAUUUCUGUAUAAUUUCUCUAAGUAAUUUCAGAUGUUAAAGCUUACAAUGAGUAUUUUUGUGUCAAUUUGGCUGCAUCACAUGACACAUAAUGACCUUCAACAAGCCAAACGGACAAAAUUAAAAGCUAAAAGUUUAAUCCUGAACCUUCCUUGACAUGGAAGAACAGAAACUUAUGACUUACAUUUCAGUUGGAAGGGAAAACAUUAACAGAGAUGGAAAAUCUUGUUUUCAAAUUAAUAGUGUGACUAAACUGGGACUGACUGCGUCUGUUUUGUGUUUUUGUCAACAUCAAAACAGUCUUUUUUAAAAUUUGUACAUUCCUGAGUUUUAUACAGAGUAGCUUUUGUCCAUAUUUAUAUGUAGAUAUGUAAAAGCAUGACUGUAAAUAUGUAAAUGUGAUGUUUCUUAAAAGAUAUGUACUGAGAAUGUAUAAACAAUUGCAUAAAAAGUGGGUUUUUAUCUUU